GGAUACGGUCCUAUCCACCGUAAGCUACUGUGUGCCCUUCCUUGAUCGACAACCCUUCAUUCUUUCCGGUUCUUUUCUCCCUUCUCUCGUGUUCUCCAAUUUCCCUACGUCGUCCCACUGGCGAUUACCCAAGUCUAGGUCUCUCUCAUCUAUAGAUUAUUCGCUGUCUUGGCGGGUGAAUUCUAGCCGGAGGCUAGGUAAGUUUAGGAAGCUCAUCGGCGACUCCCCUGCCCCUAAACCGUUGCGAUUUCUCAUGUCCCAGCACCAAUCAAGUCGAGAUGUGUCAGAGAAGAAGAAUGUUACUGAAGAUCAUGACCAGCAGAAGGCUUGAAGAAGGAGUUCUGGUUCGUGUUGAAGAGAAAUGCAGAGUUGCAGAACAAAGGAAGAAGACAGAGCAAUACGGCAGCGUUUCCUUAUUAGCCGUUUUUAUUUGUUUCAGCUUAUAACGCAGUGCCACGUGUAGGCAUACGUUUACUCUAUUUAAAUUACCGUUGUAUGACGUUGUUUUACUGUGCUACUUUACUCAGUACAAAAGGCAGCAGGUGGAUCACUUUCCCCUCUGCGAUUCCAGCUCCAUUUCAUCGCCGUCUCUAAAUCUCUCUCUCGACUGCUAACCCUAGCAGCUCUACAAACGUUUUAUGGUAUCAGAGCGGUUCUAGUCCGUUUCUUCCGCGUCAAUCAUGGCUCAAACGCCUUCACCUCAACCUCGCUUUGGUUCUUUCGAUACAGAAGGCUCCGGCGGUUCUGGAGCAAUAGGGGGACCAACCAGCAACCAACAACAGCAGCAACAACCUGGUAAUAACAAUCCUGGUCCGAUGUUUGGAAGUCCAUACUAUAUUAAUCCAAGUGAGAAUCUGGGUCAGUCGAUUGUUUCAGAAGUUCUUGAUGGAACCAAUUAUCAGGUCUGGCAGCGUGCUGUGUGUAUGGCUCUCAAAACCAAACAUAAGUUAGGUUUUAUUGAUGGAUCUCUACCCAUGCCAUCUAGAGACCAUGCUGAUUUCAUUCUAUGGGAUGCAUCUAAUACUGUUGUUCUGUGCUGGCUGCUGAAUUCUGUUCAUAAAGACAUUAAUAGAUCUGUCUUACAACAUGAUAUUGCUAAGAAUGUCUGGGAUGAACUAAAACGAAGAUUUGGAAAAUCUAAUGCACCCAAGCUAGCCAAUCUUCAAGAAGACAUGAAUAGGUGCAAGCAGGGUACCCUCAAUGUUACACAGUAUUAUAUUGCCUUGAAAGGUCUUUGGGAAGAAUAUCAGCAGUAUUCUCCUAUUGUGGAUUGUGACUGUGUAGUCCAGAGGAUAAGGCCUUGUGCAGCUGUGGAGUCCUUCAAGGAACGGCUCAACUCUGAAUUCCUGAUUAAGUUCCUUCGUGGCUUAAGACCUGAAUAUGAGAUGGUUCAUACCCAAUUGUUGAUGAUGAAACCUCUGCCAACUAUUGAUGCUGCUCUUGAUGAUGUUCUCCAACAUGAGCAGAAAUUGAAAGGUGAUAAAGGUGGUAGUGCCAGAGGGGUUCAAUCAGUAGCCCUUGCAGUUCCAGGGGACAAGGGAAAGGUGUCUGGUGCUGGUAAUCAGUCCAAAGACAGCAAUUCUGAAUAUGAUGGUGAAAGGAAAUUUUGCAGAUACUGCAAGAAGGAGGGUCAUGUCAAAGAAGAAUGCUAUCGGCUGAAGAACAAGAAAGCCAGAAUGAGUGAAGGAAGCAAUGCAUUUGCUGGUUCAGUUUCACAGUCACCCUCACAGAGUAGUGAUUCUGGUUCUUCAGCUGGUGGGCAUUCAAUGGAGAAAUCUCAAUCCUCCAGCUCACUUAGCCUUACUGAUGAUGAGCUUCUCAAGCUCAAAUUUCUUCUGCAGCAGUCUGACAGCAUGAGUCCCUCUCCACCUCUCUCACCAUCAAUUAAACAUGCUGCAUUCUCAGUCUCUCAGCACUUACCAUCUCUGCCUAAUUUCUCUGGUAAAUAUGUUCUCACUUCUCAUCUAGAACAAGGUCUUCUAGCUUUAGCACAGAACUGGAUAUUGGAUACUGGUGCUUCUGAUCAUAUAGCAUGCACCUUGUCUUUCUUCCUUAAUGCCAGUCCUGUUUUGAAUCAAUUUGUCUAUCUGCCAACUGGUUCAAAGGUCCCAGUCAGCCACAUUGGUUCAGUAAAACUCUUUUCAGGACUUGUUUUGCACAAUGUCCUGCUUGUUCCUUCUUUCACUUUCAACCUAGUCUCUGUCAGUAAACUUACCAAUGACCUUCCCAUUUCUUUACACUUUGAAUCUGACUCUUGUCAUAUUCAGGACCUCUUAACAAAGAACCAGAUUGGUUUGGCAAGACAGACUAGAGGACUCUACCAACUCCUUCCUACACCAAGUUUUCCUUCUCUUCCUCAAGUAGCAGCCACCUACAAUUUCCAGCCCCAUUCCUUUGAGCUUUGGCAUUGGAGGCUAGGCCAUCCCAGUCAAGCUCGAGAACAACAAAUUCUUGGUUGUAAUAGGAGUCAUGUCAUUCAUUGUUCUACUUGUCACUUAUCAAAACAGAAAAAGCUUCCUUUUCCUAUUAGUGACAGUAGAGCAAACUCAGUUUUUGAUUUAAUUCACGUUGAUAUUUGGGGACCUCUUGCUGUAAAGUCUCAUGAUGGAUUUUCUUAUUUCCUUACAUUGGUUGAUGACCAUACUCGAAGUGUUUGGGCUUAUUUGAUGAAACAUAAAUCAGAAACUAGUGACCUUUUACAGCAUUUCUGUGUGAUGGUGCAUAAGCAGUUUGGCAAACCAGUUAAGGCCAUUAGGAGUGACCAGGGCAGUGAGUUUCACAUGCUUGACUUCUAUUCACAGCAUGGCAUUGAACACCAAACUUCUUGUGUAGAAACCCCUGAACAGAAUGCACGCGUAGAAAGGAAGCAUCAGCAUAUACUCAAUGUAGCUAGAGCACUUCGUUUCCAAUCCAAUUUACCUCUUUCCUUUUGGAGUGACUGCAUCUCACACGCAGUUUACUUAAUCAAUCGAAUUCCAUCCCCAGUCACCAGCAAUGUUUCCCCUUUUGAACUUCUCUAUCAAAAACCUCCUUCCCUUAGUCAUCUCAAAGUAUUUGGCUGUCUUUGUUAUGCCUCAACUUUACUUCGAGAUAGAACUAAGUUUGAUUCACGUGCUAGGCAAUGCAUUUUUCUUGGCUAUCCACCUAGCACCAAAGGGUACAAGCUCUUUGAUUUGAACACUCAUCAACACUUUGUUUCACGCAAUGUGGUCUUCUAUGAACACAUUUUACCCUACAAACCUUCCUCCUCUCCAACUGAUCCAGCUGAUCCAGCUGCAGUUCCUGAUCCCAUUUUUCCUACCACCACACCACUACCUUCUGAUUCCUCUAUCCCUUCUGAUUCCUCUAUCCCUUCUUUUCCUGCUUCUUCUUCUUUUCCUCAGAAUGCCCCCUUUUCUCCUGAACCUUGCUCUAGCACUGAGAUGCUUGAUAUGGCUAGUGUGCAUUCUGAUGGGGGAGAUGAGUCUGAAUUAUAUGGUCAAGAAGAGAUUGAGGAAGACCAAACCGCAAAUGAGUUGAGGAAAUCUGAUAGGGCCAGACAGAUUCCAUUUUGGCACAAGGAUUAUGUGUUUUCUGGUGCUGUCAGUAAACACUCUAUGCAGCAUGUUUUGUCCUUUGAUCAACUUCCUCAAGCUCAUAAGACAUAUGUGUUAAAUGUGAUGAGUGCUGUUGAACCAAGAUCUUAUGAGGAAGCAUGUAAAGAGCUGUGUUGGAGAAAUGCUAUGACUGCUGAAUCAGAAGCACUUGAUGCCAAUCAGACAUGGGAUUUGGUAAUCCCUCCACCAGGUGUGAAACCAAUUGGAUCAAAAUGGGUGUACAAAAUUAAGCAUAGAUCAGAUGGGACAAUUGAGAGGCACAAGGCAAGAGUUGUGGCUAAAGGGUUCACUCAAAUUUAUGGUAUAGAUUUUUUGGAUACCUUUUCACCUGUUGCCAAGAUAAACUCAGUGAAAGCAUUACUUGCAGUAGUUGCUUCUAAGGAUUGGCACAUACAUCAAAUGGAUGUGUCCAAUGCCUUUUUACAUGGUGAUUUAAAUGAAGAUGUUUAUAUGAAGGUGCCUCCUGGAAUUCCAGUACCUGAUAAGAGGAUGGUUUGCAAAUUAAAGAAAUCCUUGUAUGGAUUAAAGCAAGCUAGCAGGCAAUGGUUUGCCAAGCUAACUGCUUCACUACUGAAGAAUGGUUUCUCACAAGCUGCUGCUGAUUAUUCCAUGUUUGUUAGAAGGGUCCAGGGAAGAAUGCUUGUUGUGUUAGUGUAUGUUGAUGAUAUUUUGAUUGCAGGAAGUCACCUGGGAGAUGUUGAACAGGUUAAACUUCACCUAGGAAGGGAAUUUAUGGUUAAAGACCUUGGUCAAUUGAAAUUCUUCCUAGGCUUGGAAAUACACAGAGAUCACAGAGGCAUUUUUGUCAAUCAGAGGAAGUACUGUGUGGACCUCUUGGAAGAUGUGGGAUACUUGGAAGCCAAAGAUUGCCUUUCUCCAGUUGAUUACAAAGUUAAGCUAUCUGCCAAACAAGGUGAGCCUUUGCCAAAUCCUGAGGUAUAUAAAAGACUCAUUGGCAGACUCCAUUGUCUGACCAUUACAAGGCCAGAUUUGACCUAUGCUGUGCAACAGCUUUGCCAGUUCCAGAAAGACCCUUACACUGAGCAUCUUCAAGCUGCUUUCAGAGUGUUGAGAUAUUUGAAACAUGCCCCAGGUCAGGGUUUGUUGUUUAAAGCAGGAACCAAGUUGGAGUUACAAGGGUUUUCAGAUUCUGAUUGGGCAAGUUGUGUUGACACAAGAAGGUCAGUAACUGGUUAUUGCACUAUGCUUGGUGAAUGUUUGUUGUCCUGGAAGUCAAAGAAGCAAACGACAGUCUCAAGAUCUUCCUCAGAGGCUGAGUACAGAGCAUUAGCUCAAUUGGUGUGUGAACUUCAAUGGAUCAGAAGUCUUCUAGCAGAAAUGGGAGUCAGUUUACCUUUACCAAUUGAAGUUUUCUGUGACAACAAAUCAGCCAUUCAUAUUGCUGAAAAUCCAGUCUUCCACGAGAGGACUAAGCAUAUUGAAAUUGAUUGUCAUAUCACCAGGGAAAGGUUGAAGUCUGGCAUGAUCAAGUUAAGCCAUGUGAGAACUGAUGAUCAAUUGGCUGAUCUGUUUACCAAGGGAGUUACACGUUACAGGCUUACUUAUUUGCUCAGCAAGUUGGGAGUUACAGACAUCUACUCGCCAACUUGUGGGGGAGUGUCAGAGAAGAAGAAUGUUACUGAAGAUCAUGACCAGCAGAAGGCUUGAAGAAGGAGUUCUGGUUCGUGUUGAAGAGAAAUGCAGAGUUGCAGAACAAAGGAAGAAGACAGAGCAAUACGGCAGCGUUUCCUUAUUAGCCGUUUUUAUUUGUUUCAGCUUAUAACGCAGUGCCACAUGUAGGCAUACGUUUACUCUAUUUAAAUUACCGUUGUAUGACGUUGUUUUACUGUGCUACUUUACUCAGUACAAAAGGCAGCAGGUGGAUCACUUUCCCCUCUGCAAUUCCAGCUCCAUUUCAUCGCCGUCUCUAAAUCUCUCUCUCGACUGCUAACCCUAGCAGCUCUACAAACGUUUUAAGAUGACAAUCACAAAAAGGGAGACGCUAGCAAUCGGAGAUCCCACCGGAGAAGCAUCCUGAGAACAACCAUGCAACUAGAUGGAAGAAGCAAGGAGAGUUAGGAGAGGAGAAAUAAAGAAGGAGCGGCCGCCGCCGCGAGCUUCCAUUCCAGUUUCCGUUAAGCUUCAUCAGACCAGGAAAGGCAUGAAAGAGUUCAUUUUUUGCCGCCCACUUCGACUUGAUUGUUCUUCUCAAAGAGGAGAGAGACCUUUGUGUGGCUUAAUUUGAUUUCGCUGGGAAUAUUAUUUUAGGGUUUUAAGCGGGAGAUAGUGUUGAUAAAAGAAGAGCUCGCAUCGUGUUGCUGGGUUGCAUUAGUAGCUGGAGAGUAUUGUCAUAGAAAUUAUAGGAAGGAUCGUAUAGAGUUGAUUGAGUUUGAUUUGCAGGCUGGUGGAAAGGAACCCAACGCAAUCACCCGGCGUCCAUUUCUUUUCUUCUUCUUAGAACGAUUACAAAAGGGAAGGGGAAAGAGUUUGCCUAGCCGAAUCAGGCUUCACUUUAGUGAAAAAGAGCUUGACAAUUAAGCCCGAUUGAGCUAUUUUAUUUGUUUUCCUCCAAGCUCCAGCUUCAAUAUGCAGUUGUUAUCUUACCCAUUUGCAUGACUUACAUUUGCAAUGAAGGGAUACCACCUCCAUACUAACUUAUCUUUCCCUUUGCUAAAUAUUUGUUCAGAUCAUUUGUACAUAAAAAUGUUCUCUUUCUGCUUUAUUAAUUCUUUUCCAUUUUAAUUUUAGAUUUCAUGGGUUGACUUAAUUGUGCACUAAUCAAUUGCAUGGAUAAAUUUUCCUUCAUUAAUCUGAGAAAAGCUAAUAAGUUUUGCCCAAAAAAACCUUCAUGGGUCUCCCUUUGGGCUUGACUCUAAUGCUGUUGAUAGAUUUUUGGUAAUCUAAAAGGAUUCAUAAAACAUAUAUGAUUUGUAUUUACACAUGAGAUUGUAAGAAUUCAUACUAUUGAUGAUUUAUUUAUUUAUUUUUAUAUAGGUAAGGAAACUAUUGAAAGAAAUAGAAUUGGUGUUUAGUUAAAAUGAGUUGUAUAACUUUCUAUGAUAUGAAAUGUUUUUGUUGGUUGAAUAUGUAAUUUUUCGUUGUAGAGUAUCCAUUGUUUGUUCAAUCAAGACUAUACUUGGUCCUUUGUGAAUUUAUCUUUAUUUAGUGAAAUUUUAGUACUUUGUCUCCCAUUUCAUUUUAUUAUUUGACAAUAAUAUAUAGUUUAUUAUUUCCAUUGCACAGGUAUACUGUGGUUUGUGGUGUUUCGUGCAGUAUUUUCUAGCAUACUUAGCAUUAACAAAUCUAAAUACUUCUC